CCUUAGUUACACCUGCUGAGUUUACCUGACAAAAUAAGCAAGCUUCCCCAUUACUGACACUGGCCUCAACAGACAUGUUUUCUUUGGAUUAUUUCUUCGUUUUGAGGGUCACAAUGGAGGCUGGAUUCACAAGCAGGCAGCUAAGGUUGGCUGUUUUGUUUCUGUUUCUGAUUACUCAACCAAGGACAGAGGCAAUGCAGAUAACAUCCUCUGGGCCACAAACCAUUCAAAAAGCUGAGACAGAGACAGUCAGCCUGGGAUGCACAUUCACGGCGGGCACAGCAGAUACAGGAGAGCUGGAUAUUGAGUGGUCCAACGUCAGCCCGGACAUGACACAGAAAGAUAACUUGAUCUUAUCAUAUACAGGAGGCCAGAUCCACUACAAUGACCCCAGCCUCGCCAACAGGAUCAGUUUUACAGGAGACCCAAAUCAGGGAGACGCUUCCAUCUCCUUUUCUAAUGUGAAGCUGUCAGACACAGGCACAUACCAGUGUAAAGUCAAAAAGCUACCUGGUGUCGACAUGAGAAAAGUUACUCUGGUGGUAAUGGUUCCCCCAUCAGCACCAAAGUGUUGGGUUGAAGGUAGCGAGGAGAAAGGUGGACCAGUCUCCCUCCGCUGUAAGUCCUCUCAGGGAUCCACUCCUGUCAGUUACGUAUGGAGCAGAGAGAGUGGAGGUGCAAUGCCAUCCACUGCAACCCAAAACUCACAGAGUGGCGAGCUCUUGAUAAAGAACCAUACAGACAGCAACACGGGAACUUACAUGUGUGAGGCAAAAAACGCUGUUGGCCAAGCACAGUGUAAAUAUUCAUUGCGUGCAUACAACCCUACCGAUAAAGUGGGCGUCAUAGUUGGUGCAGUGAUUGGCGCCCUGUUGCUGCUUCUCCUCCUCUUGCUUCUCAUCUGGCUUCUAGUCUGCUGCUGCCAUAAGAAACGCUACCAAAAGGAGGUUGCAAAUGAAAUUAGGGAGGACGUUCAGGCCCCAGAGAGCAGACCCCCCAGCAGACUCUCCAGCAGGCACUCCAGUCUGCGUUCAGUGAUGGGAUACCGCACCCAUCAUGGGACGCAGUACAAUGCCGUGGCCAGUCCUCUGCCGAGUGUCAGCGAAACUGGCCGAAUCUACACAGGUAGCAGUGAUGGGCCAACCACUGAAGGGAACAAGACUGCUUCCCUCAGCUAUGACCCUACAUAUGGAUACCCUGUCUAAAGGCAAGCAUUUUGCGACAAUCUCUGAUGCUAAAUUUUUUAAGCUGAAAUCUAUUUGUAAUAAACUCCUGUGGAAUAUGUGUAAAUGUCUUAAGGUAAAUAGAAACCAGUAAGAGAGCUGGUGUGGCUCAGACAGGCUGACUAUCAUGAUGCAAUGCUGCUAAUGUAAACAAAAAGAGCAGGUUCCUGAGACACUAUUACUCGACUGUUUGCUUAAACUGUAUGUAAAAUGUACAUAGCACACAAAGUAUUUUUAUGAAGGUAUUUUAUUUCUAAGAGGUGAACAUAUCAAUCAUUCUUUUAAAAAUAUGUAUAAAAUUAAAAAGAACUAUAAAUCUGAAGAUUCGA